AUGCUGUCCACUAUACGCCUCUCUCUGGUAGCCUGCGUAACGCUGACCAGCUUGCUUUUCCACCCAACCACGGCACGAGUGAUUCCAAUUGAUCCAACCACGAACCAGCUUGUACCUCGAGCAAAUGGUCAACUUAACAUCUAUAUUAAUACAGCCGAUCCUAGCGUUGCUGGCAUCAGGAACGACGCACGCCCACGCAUAACCGAAGGAGCGAAGGACGCCGUGAUUAUGGCAAGGCUGGCCUGCGCUCUGAUGAUGUUAGAAAACUAUGAAGGACUAUAUGAGAGAUACUUUGAGAGCCCACCCCUGAACGACGAUGAGGACAACGACGACGAGGAUGAUGAUCAGGAGGAGGAGGAGGAUGGCGGCGGGCAAGAUGAAGCCGGGGUCGAUCCCGCUAGAAAGCAAUUCGUUCAGACUGUUUUCUGUGCUAUUGCUGGAAUCACUCCCGAAUGUAGCAUCAAUGACAUCUUCACACAGCGCGGAACCAAUCCCAAACUCGAUGGCCUCACCUACAGCGUUGGAAAAUAUCCCGGCAUUGAAGACCAUGACCGAAAUUUUGAACACGAUGCCGUUUACGCCGCGACACUCUAUCAGGAUAUUUUGACUGAGUACAACAUUGGCAAUACCGAUGAUGCGGCUAUCAUGGAGAUACACAGACGAGCUUUUGAUUUCCCGAACAUCGAAGACAUCUUCGAGAAUCGUGGUUGCCAAGCCCUAGGUGCGGCUGACAGCGGUCUGAUGACGACCUUGGGUGCUCAUAUACUCCACGAACUUGUGCACUGGCACCAUCUCACCCGCACGCCAGAGAAUGGUCAUAUUUAUAACCAGUUGAUCACACACGAUGUGUACAAGCCAAAUGAAAAUGGUGAAGAGGUGGAGGAAACGCACGACUAUAUUGACGACUAUGAUCGAGAUGAGUACGACGAUAAGGACCUUGAUCCACCUGAUGGCUAUGGUCCCCAGCAUGCUCACCAGCUCGUUGUCAACGACGAGCAGGAUUCUUUCCGCAACGCAGACAACUAUCGCUGGUUUGCUGUGUCUCUUUACUGGCAUUAG